GCUCGAUCGACGACUACGUGCACAGGAUCGGGCGCACGGCGCGGGGGAAGGACGGCAGAGGCCACGCGCUCGUGUUCUUCGAGUAUUGGCACAGGGACCCGUUCGUGGCUAUGCAGCUCAUAGAAGUGCUGCAGAACGCGAAGCAGGCGGUCCCGGACGAGCUCAAGCGCAUCGCCGGCGAAGUCGCCAGGGGCCAGCGGGACGACGUGCCCGAGCUCUACGUGGACACGGCCCCGAAGCCCGCGCCGCCCACCCGGCAGGAGCUCGAGCAGCGGCUGGGAGGCGCCUUCCGGAGGCUGAACCUCCGGAGGGCCGCGGCGGCGCCGGCGGCGGAGCCCGCAGCGGGUGGCCGCCCUGGGGCGGAGGCGCGGUCGGGCGGAUCUGGCGCGGGGCCCAGCGUUGGGGAGCCCGUGACACCGCCCGCGGCGGCGGAGGGCGCGCCAGAGGCCCACCAUGGCCGCCAAGAGGAUGCUCCGAGCGGCCCCGCGUGGCGCAGAUUCAGCACCGGCGACGGCCGAGGCUGCUGGUGGUGGUGCGAAGAGCGCGGAGACUGGUUCCUGGAAGCGGACCCGGGGGACUGGCGGAAGUUCUCGGACCCCGCGAGCGGGAGGCACUACUGGUGGAGGGACGACGCCGCGUGGUUCUGGAUCGGGUGA